UCUGCUGGCUCUCACUGAGCAUGCUCAGUUCACUGUGUUGUCAGGCAAAAAAGAAGCCAGCUCUGGAACAGACGAGAUCUGCAGCAGAUAAACACACAGAGAGAGAGAGAGUUAGUAUGGAUGAGCACUGCUAGUGCACAGUAAUUCUGCCUUAUUGGAUGUUUGGGCCGUGUUUCUGUAUGCAGGGUGCUGUUGAUGCGCUGUGUGUCGUGUUGGAGGAGAAGCAUCCGUCUGAAGUAAUCUGUUUAUUUGUCCACAGAAAGCAGAGAGCUCAUCUUACUGAAGACGUCUCCCAUCGUCCCAGAGUGCCUGUGUUUUACACUUUGAGCUGAAAUGGAUCAGAAAAGCUUCUUCCUGUCAGAGACGCGUCUGUGAACACCAGAGCCAAUGGAUGUGAAAGGCCAGGGCUGGACGGAUGAAGAAUCGGAUGGAGAGAAUGAACCGGAGCAGUUUCUGUACGGGAUUCAGGGGAGCUGUGCAGCUGACCUGUAUCGUCACCCACAGCUGGACGCAGACAUCGAGGCUGUAAAAGACAUUUACACGGACAGCGCUGUGUCCGUCAGAGAGUACGGCACCAUCGACGACGUGGACAUCGACCUGCAGAUCAACAUCAGCUUCUUGGAUGAGGAGGUGGCGACCGCGUGGAAGGUGAUCCGAACCGAGCCCAUCGUCUUACGCCUUCGUUUCUCUCUUUCACAGUACCUGGAUGGACCAGAGCCGUCUGUGGAGGUGUUUCAGCCGUCCAAUAAAGAAAGCUUCAGUUUGGGCCUUCAACUAAAGAAGAUCCUCAGUACAUUCACGUCGCAGCAGUGGAAGCACCUCAGUAAUGAGUUCCUCAAAGCCCAGCAGGAGAAGCGGCACAGCUGGUUCAAAGCCGGAGGAACCAUCAAGAAAUUCCGUGCAGGAUUGAGCAUCUUCUCCCCGAUUCCCAAGUCUCCCAGUUUCCCCCUGAUCCAGGACACGGUGUUGAAAGGCAAACUGAACGUGCCCGAGCUCAGAGUCACCCGGCUCAUGAACCGCUCCAUCUCCUGUACCAUGAAGAACCCCAAGGGGGAGCUGUUUAGUUAUCCUCCGAACAGCCAGACUGUGGCUGUCCCGGCGGGCAGGGCCCCUGCGCAGAUUACCACCCGCCAGCUGAUUGAGUUGUUUUUCUCAUCCCAGGCGGGCGGACACUGCAAGAACAUCCCCACGCUGGAGUACGGCUUCCUCGUGCAGAUAAUGAAAUACUCUGAGCAGCGGAUCCCUACUCUGAACGAGUACUGCGUGGUGUGUGACGAGCAGCACGUCUUCCAGAACGGAUCCAUGCUGAAGCCCGCGGUCUGCACGAGAGAGCUGUGUGUGUUUUCCUUCUACACGCUGGGAGUGAUGUCCGGAGCGGCCGAGGAGGUGGCCACCGGCGCUGAGGUGGUGGAUCUGCUGGUGGCCAUGUGUCGCGCUGCUCUCGAGUCGCCUCGUAAAAGCAUCAUCUUUGAGCCGUAUCCAUCUGUGGUCGACCCCAAUGACCCCAAAACCCUCGCCUUCAACCCGAAGAAGAAGAAUUAUGAGCGUCUGCAGAAAGCUCUAGACAGUGUGAUGUCUAUUCGGGAAAUGACGCAGGGCUCGUAUCUAGAGAUUAAGAAGCAGAUGGAUAAACUGGAUCCUCUGGCUCAUCCGUUACUGCAGUGGAUCAUAUCCAGUAACAGGUCUCAUAUUGUGAAGCUGCCGCUCAGUAGGCAGCUGAAGUUCAUGCACACAUCUCAUCAGUUUCUGCUGUUGAGCAGCCCGCCUGCAAAAGAAGCUCGAUUUCGCACCGCAAAGAAGCUCUACGGCAGCACCUUCGCCUUCCAUGGCUCCCAUAUUGAGAACUGGCACUCGGUUCUGAGGAAUGGACUGGUCAAUGCUUCUUAUACUAAACUGCAGCUGCAUGGAGCAGCGUACGGGAAGGGCAUCUAUCUGAGCCCCAUUUCCAGUAUUUCCUUUGGAUACUCAGGAAUGGGGAAGGGCCAGCAUCGCAUGCCCACUAAAGAUGAGUUAGUGCAGCGAUAUAAUCGAAUGAACACACUGCCACAGAGUCGACCCAUACAGUCACGUUUCCUCCAGAGCAGGAACUUAAACUGCAUCGCUCUCUGUGAAGUGAUCACAUCCAAAGAUCUGCAGAAACAUGGCAACAUCUGGGUGUGUCCGGUGUCUGACCACGUCUGCACACGCUUCUUCUUCGUGUAUGAGGACGGUCAGGUGGGAGACGCAAACAUCAACACACAGGAGCCCAAGAUCCAGAAGGAGAUCAUGCGUGUGAUCGGCACCCAGAUCUACUCCAGCUGAGGGCCUUCCUUUCCUCCGCUCUAUACAUCUCUGCUUUCUUUCUUCCUGUCUUUCGCAAGGGAUGCGGGAUGAGAUGAAGGAAAUCUUCACGAUAAGCCCCGCCCACAACCCUUUGACUUCCCACAGAGCGGCCGCUGUCAAUCAAAAGCAGACAGGCGCCUGAUUGGACGAGAGGGAACUCACCAGAGCGUGAUGUCGCAUCUGUCACACUUAAUAUCUGUACACGUAAAAACAAGAAACUCCUUUCAAAUGUUUACUGUGUUUUUUUGCGUCUCUGGAUAGUAGAUGAUGAAUCUGUGCGUUUUAUUGUGUUCGUAUCUUCUUCAUCUUUCUCCUCCGCUGCUCUUUCUGAAUAAUGACAUGUAUUAAUAUCCCAGAUGGAGUUCCCUUCUGACAUUAAUUUCCCGUCUUUUGUUGCUCGGCUCCGCUUACACGAUUUAUCGGCGGAUGAGAAGACGGGGACACGUCGUUUCUCAUGUUUAUGCUUUUUGGUGACGUCGUCUGAAAGCUUUAUUUCAGACAUUCCCGAGUGCUUGUGAGGGAUUUCCACAGAGCUCUGGCUUUAUAGGAAGAUGCACUCUAGCAGUCAAACAUUUGGACACAUUAUUUAUUCUAUUUUCACACGUUACAAUAAUAGUAAAGUGUGCAAACUCUGAAAUCAAAUCAAAGCUCUUUUAAAGUUAGCGUGCAAUGCAAGUUGCAAUCGUCUCUUCUUGAUGUGCUUUGCAUCAAAAGGCUUUAAAAAUGAUUAUAAUAGAUGCAUAAUAAAUAAAAAUCAUGCAUCAGGAAAAAAAAAAAAUCUAAAAUUUGCACGCCAUUCAGAACGAGCCAAAGCAAAAAUGAGUUAUAAACCAGAUCAUGAGAGAUGUAUUUAUUAUUAAAUCUAAUUCUGAAUCAUGCAAAUGAAUGAUUUAUUACAGUCAG